AUGAAUCGCAGAAAACACAACAGAACACCCGACUCGGUCGGUGAAGCUUUGAAGCGAAGGAAGAUCAUUGCUUGCGAACGAUGUCAUUCCCAUAAGAUCAAAUGCUCCGGUGGCCAGCCUUGUGCUAAGUGUCGAGCUGUCGGUUGUGCCGAUGACUGUCGGUACCCUGCACGGGACCGCCAAGUCAAAGUCAGCGAAAGCUAUCUAGAGCAGAUCUUGACCGAAAAUCGACGCCUGAAGGAGCAGUCGGGCUCCUCGGCCAACACCCCCGAACAAGACCAAGCCGAUGGGAGCACCAACCCCGAACUGUCUCGGCCCGCAGGAGAAACACCGGAUGAGGGCAACACCAGUGUUCGGAAUCCAUUGAUCGGUGACAAGGCAUGGUUUCAUGCCUAUGACCCUUCAGCGCCACCAAUCUUUGUUGGCGAAGCGGCCUGUACUGCGUUUGCUACUCGCUUUCGCCAGCUUCUGACGGGGAGUAGUGCCACAGCCCAUAUUCGCCGCACCCAGUAUGUGAAAGAAGAAAAUAUCGCUGCCGCCAAUGCAAACGAGAUUAGAUGGCCGACUCUUCAGCAGGCACGACUGCUUGUUAAGAUUGCGCUGCAGCAAAUCAGUUGUAUUUAUCAUGUUCUCCUGCGCAAGUCCACCCUAGAGAAGCUGGAAGAGAUAUACAGAACCGAAGAUUUUGGGUGUACGGUCAAUCAGUGCAAGUUCUUCGCUCUGUUUGCAUUUGGUGAGGCUUAUUCUAUGAGAAGUGAGCCGUCCUCUGGCUCAAGGGUUCCCGGCACCUCGUACUUUGCCCGCUCGCUGAGCUUGGUACAAGUGCUGCCCGAGAGAACUAGCAUCACGCAUCUAGAGACGCUGUUGUUACUGUCCCUCUUUUCGUACUAUCUGAACCGACGGCACUCGGCGUACGUUUUAAUUGGGAGUGCCAUGCGGCUGGGUUUGUGCAUAGGGUUGAAUCAUAACAUUCCCGAGUCUCAGUGCAGUGAUCCGGUGGAACGUCAGCACCGAGUGCGCAUCUGGUGGACAAUUUACAUAUUUGACCGCAUGUGGGCGUCGAAGAUGGGCCUACCGUCACAGAUACUGGACGAUGAUAUCCAUCUCGAAAAACAAAAAAAAAUUAAAAAAAAACCCCUCUAUGAGGAGCAGUUUUCGGACGCGGAGUUCAUCCAAGCUAACAUAAAGCUCGCUCGUAUAGUGGGCGACACAACCGCGCAGGUAUACAGUCGACGCAAAUACAGCGAGACGUUCUUACAGCGGGUGCAAAAGCUGUUGAAGGCGCUGAAGAACUGGGUGGACACGCUCCCUGAGCAUCUACGGUUGAACGUUGAUGAGCCUGAAAUGAACCGAAAGCACAUCACAUCAAUACACCUUGCAUUUAAUCAAUGCGUCAUCCUCACCACCCGACCAACCCUACUCCACCUUUUCAAACUCAACGACGCUCGCCAAAACACAGACACAGGACCAGGAGAGAAUAUUUCACAACCCGUCUUAACCCUAGGAGAAGCUUGCAUCCAUGCCGCGCGCCACUCACACUCCCUCAUCUUAACCAAGUGGAUCAAUGGCUCCCUGCCGGUAUUUGGCUACUUUCACGCCCACUACCUGUUUUCUUCGUGUAUCGCCCUCGCCAUGUCAAGUUUCCUCCCCAUCGGCAGUCCUGCAGAUAUAGGAGCCUUUGAAACAGGCAUUGAAGUGCUCUCAUCGAUGAGCGAGAACGGCAACCUAGCCGCCUCGGAGUUCUACCACAAUCUCAAACAUGUCAAGAAAUGUCUUGAUCGCUACCGCGCGGAACGACAGCCUGAUGACAUUCGCAGACGACCAUCUUCCGUUGCAACAGCCGCAAUAGACGUCGCAUUCACAUCUGCAUCUGUGGAACCCUCGGCCACAACCACCGCACAGGCAGACGCAACAUCUGGUGCAAUCCUAGCUCCAGAACAAGACUUCAUGAACCCAGGAUAUCGAUACGCGCAGCCAGGCCCAAGCUCUAGCUCAGGGCAAGCACUGGGACAGGAGGAUCCCCUGGCCGCACGCGAGCUGCCAGGCGGCUUCACGACCGCCAUGGCGUUUAUGGAGCCAACAAUGCAGGACUUUCUUGCGCAGUCAGACCUUGAUCUAGGGUUAUUGCAUCCAGUGGAAGCAUUUAUGAAUGAGGCAGAAAAUCUAUAUUCAGGACAUGAGUUUUCCUGA